UUUUUCUUUCGAUUGUUUCCAGCACACACAAUGGCCCACCACCUCCCGCUCGCCAUCUUGCUUUCUCUGGCCACAGCCACCCUGAUCGCAGCGGCGCCGCAACGCGAAGGCUCCUACUUCACCAACGAAGCGAUCAAGCAGGCACAGAACACACACCUCAUCCCGCAGGGAGCGACUAUUCAGAAGGUGCAGGAAGGCAUUGAACUGGCCGCCUACGAGUCGAUUCCGGGCAACCAACGGAUCAACCUGUUCGAGAUCCUCGGCGAGCAUGUUCCUCCCGAGGUUGUCAACAAUCUCCAGUCACAGGUCGAUCAGGUGGGCAAGUCGCGUUGAGAAUAUAAUGGACUCGACCAAUGAAAAUGGGUCAGAACCGGGAUAAGACUACUCCAAACUCUACAAUUUUAUGGAUCUUUCUUCAAAUAAAUGGACUCAAAUGAAAUGAUUGACUCCAAACAGUGAUAAAAUUACUCUAAACUCAAUAAUUGGUCUAAUAUCUUUGACAUCUUUCAAUGGAUUCAUGAAAAGAUUGACUCAAAACAGCGAUAAAACUAAUCCAAACUCUACAAUAGUAUGGAUCUUUCGAUGAAAAAAUGGACUCAAUAGAUUAACCCUAAAGAGACACACUGCGAUGGGGUAUUUCACACCCAGGGAUUUUUUUUCUGUUCUGCAGUUGACAAUAUCAAACAGAUGGGAAUUUAUGCCCAGUCUAAAUUAGGUUAGUAGUAUUGUCAACUACUCUCCACCACUUCCAGUCAGUAAUAGCAUUUUACAAGGUCACCAGCUCAUCUUGUUCUUCGUUUGGGGUGUCUAACACCCCAGAGUGUCUUUUACGUAGGACUUUUAUCAAACACUUUUAUUACAAAGAUUUACUUGUAUUGUCACUACGAAUGUGGCAAGGAAUGAUGGAUCAGGUUGGAAUGAAUGCUAUGAUUCUCUAUAACUUGAGAUUCAAAACAAUAAAAUGAAGAGACGUGAGUUUUUGAUGAAGUUGUCAUUGGCAAUGAUCAAGCCAUUCCUUCAAACCAGAGGAGCUCCAACACUCAGGCGGAACAUACGUACUUCUAAAAUAAUUAGUAUAAAAUGAUAAGCAGUGCUUUACUUUCGAUUUCUGUAUGCACUUGGAACAGAAAUGAUUGAGAAAUGAUGAAGUAUGGGCUAAGUACUUUUUCUCUAUAUUUUUCAAAGAAAAAUGCAAAAUUAAAUUGGGGUGUUCAACACCCCAGUGUGUCUACUGUGUUAGCAUAAAGUAAGUGUGUCUCUGUAGGGUUAAAAGGUUAAUUAACAAUUAUUAUUAUUAAACGAAAAUCCAAAUUAAAUGCUGUAAUUCACCAUCUAUAAAAUUACUGUAUUUGUAGCUAUUCAUUAGCAUUUGAAUAAUUGCAAUAUCUCCGUAAUUUCCAUCUGUUAGUUAACAAGUUAACAGGAAAGUUUCGGCCUGUAAGCUGAAUCGAAUAAAAUAUAACUUAUCCAAGUUAUAAGUUAACAACAAGUUAACAGCCUGUGAGCCUGUUGUUAUAGUAGGACUCAUAAGUUAUAAAGUAAUUUUUAUUGAACUGAGUUAGCUGCUGUUAAAAAGGAGUUUCAAAUGGUUUAACAACCGAGACUAGUUUCUCGUUAUUGAUCAAUUGUUGCCCUCCAACUAUCCAAAAUCUAAUACAAUAUCAACUGUGUUACUAUCUAACAAAACGCUACCUUCUCUAUCUACUAUUUAUACGAAAAAUGUAGAAUAAAAAUGGUGCUUUCAAGCUUUAGAACUCACUGUCACAAUCCUGGAGAGAACUAGAAAAGUGGACUAUUUUCCUAAAAAAAUGUCAUUCGAAUACAAAAAUAUAUAUCAUAUUCAUCAAAUUCAUUAA